UGCAUAUUAAAAAUACACACAACAGACGCUUUUUAUUUUAUUUAUUUUUCCUCCCUUUUCUUCCUACCAUCCAUUUCUUUUCUUAACUUCAUCCUUCUCAUUUAUUCGAUCAUCGCUCAUCGUCAUAAUAUAUACAAUCAUUUGGAACAAUGUCAGAAAGCAGACAGGAGCUUGUUGCCUGGGUCAAUGAGACAUUGGGUCUCAACUACACCAAGGUCGAGCAGAUGGGUUCAGGCGCUGCCUAUGCUCAGCUCAUGGACUCUAUCUAUGGUGACAUCCCAAUGUCACGCCUCAAGUUUGCAACCAAGCAUGAAUACGAGUAUCUGGCCAACUACAAAGUGUUGCAGAAUAGCUUCAAGCAACAUAAGAUUGACAAGGCAAUCCCAAUCGAGCGUCUAAUGAAGUGUAAGAUGCAAGACAAUCUAGAGUUUUUGCAGUGGCUCAAAAGAUUCUGGGAUAGUAAUUACCCAGGUGGACAAUAUGAUGCUGUUGGUCGUCGUGGUGGAGCCGCGAAUGAACCUCAUGCGGCUGCCAAUAGAUCGACAACUGCUCCUGCCAGAAGACCUGUCAGCAAUGGAGUGGCCAACCGUUCAGUAUCAGGACGUAGUUCAGCAGCUAAUACAUCGGUGCAAAAAUCUAGCUCUGACCAUGCCUUACAAACAAUGAUAGCGAACUUGCAAAAGGAACUUCAAGAAGAACGCAACACGGUGGCGGCAUUGGAGAAGGAACGAGAUUUUUACUUUGGCAAGCUUAGAGAUAUCGAAGUCUUAGUCCAGCAAGAGAUGGAGAGAUCACCUGAGAUUGGAGAAAAUGAGCUUAUUAAGGAAAUCCAGGGGGUUCUCUAUAGCACAGAGGAUGGCUUCGAAGUCCCAGUGGAGGGGGAACAUAUCGACCCAGAAGACGGACUCCCAGACGAAACAUUCUAAGCAGAAACGCCACCUGGAUAUUGAUAUAAACUUACAGAAGAUAGGCAUGAUUGCAUCUGAAGUAAAAAAAAA